UCAAUUUUGCACUCAGAGGAAAUGAAGGAACCGGGUGAUCAGGAUACUGAUGGAGACAAAUCGGAUAGAUCAAAGAGUGAUGGGAAGUGGUCUUCUAAAUCUGAGUCAAGACAUGCCACAGAUGAAACAUUUACUGAGGGGGAAGAAGACUCAGAUGAGGAACUUUUGGAAGGAAGUUUGGGUUCAUCUCAAGAUGACAAUUUGGAAAGCACUAGAGUAUCUCAGGAAACCCCUGUCCCAUCUGUGGAAGUGGCAAAGGAGGAAGUUAAGAAGAAAAUAGCAGAGAGCUUCUUCUAUGAUUAUACAGAGCUUGUUUCAAUGCCCUUUGUGACUCCGGAUUCAAGGUUACCACUGGAUCUUCUCACGCUUGUGUAUCCACUCUAG